GGGGGGGCAGAGACUUCGCCCCGCGCUUCACUUUCGGUUUACACUAAACGGGAAGAAGUCGCACUUUAUUCCACAGCGCGAGUCUGCGAGUCUCCGGCCGGGCGAGAACAUUUAUGACUCGGACCCACGAGAAGAAUGGCGACAAUGUUCCUUAGGGCACUUUUGUGUUUGUUGUGGGGGACAUGGAGCGUGUGCUGCUCCACUUUAGACCAGGAUGUCUUCAGCAUCCAACACUCGGCCUCAGGAAGAUGUCUAUCAGCUCAGGACUCGGCGAGCGUGCGUCUCUCAGCGUGUGAGGCCGACAGCGCCUCGCAGUCCUGGAAGUGGGGUUCGGGCCACCGGCUCUUCCACGUGGGCACGUCCCUCUGCCUGACCCAGGACCUCCAGUCCAAGUCCCUGUCCCUGGUGGGCUGCAGCUCAGACCUCCUGCAGUGGUGGCGCUGCCUGGACGGCGCCCUCUUCACCGCCGACCAGGCGGGCCUGGUGGUGGUGGAAAAGGAGCGGGUGGCGGCCAAACGGUCCUCGUACGACAAGUGGGUCCGGGCCGGGUCCCAGGACAGCGUGUGCCAGAGACCGUAUCGAGUCAUCCACACCACCAACGGCAACUCUGCCGGCGCUCCCUGCGAGUUUCCCUUCAAGUACAACGGAAGCUGGCAUCACAGCUGCCUCCCGGACUCCGACUUCCCAGGGCUCUCCUGGUGCUCCACCUCCUCGGACUACGACCAGGACAGGAAGAAGGGGCACUGUCUAACGCCUGAGAAGGGUUGCCAGACCCUGUUUGUGGGACCAGAGGGAGACUCCUGCUACCAGUUUGUUCCCGGCGCCGCCGUCACCUGGCAGCAAGCUCUGGAUUCUUGUCGGAGCCAAGGAGCGGAUUUGCUCAGCGUGUCCGCCCCGGAUGAUCUCCACUCCAAAACAUUUUUAGACGGCUUCAGCGUGAUGCCUGACAAGAUGUGGAUAGGCCUCCAUCAGUUAGACACGUCCCAAGGCUGGCAGUGGUCAGACGGGUCCCCGCUCUCCGUCCUGCGCUGGGAAACAGGAAUGCCCCCCAGAGCCGUCAUCUUUGAGUCGGACUGCGGAGUCCUGAACUCCCAGCACAACUACGAAGCUGAAGGGUGCAGCAAACAGCUGCCGUACGUCUGCAAGAAGAAAGUGUCAGCUCCGCCGACGCCGCCGGCCGAGUCGCUGAUGUACAACGACACGGCGUGCGCGCCUGGCUGGGUGCCCUGGAACGGCUGGUGCUACCAGCUGGUGAGGGAGCAGCCUAGGAACCUGACCGAGGCGCAGCGGCACUGCAACCGCACAGGAAGCUCCCUGGCCAGCCUGCACUCGCUGGACAGCAAGGAGAUGAUCAGCACCAGCUUCCACGCAGACGGCCAGUGGUUGGACGUGUGGAUCGGUCUGAUCGGGGAGGGCAGGAGGCCCACGGUCUUCAAAUGGAUGGACCAGGCGCCCGUCACCUUCACCUUCUGGGGCCCCAAUGAGCCGGUGCAGCCUUCUCAGAACACCAGCUGUGUCUUCUACUCCGGGGAGUCUCAUGGCUGGCGUGUGGGCAGCUGCUCCAAGACCUUGGCCUUCAUGUGUCAGACCAAAGGACAAGUCAGCCAAUCUUCUGGAGUGUCUGGCUGUCUCUUUGAGGACGGCUGGAGGAGACACGGCAACUCUUGUUACCGACUCAACAACACCCGGGUGGCGUUCAAAGAGCGCUGCCAGGUCACCAUCACCAACAGGUUUGAGCAGGCCUUCAUCAGCCGUCUGCUGGCAGACUUGAUAGGCAACAGCUCUCAGUACUUCUGGAUUGGCCUGCAGGAUGCCGACAACACGGGAGAGUACCGCUGGCAGGAUACUGCCCAGACUGCAGUGACCUACACCAACUGGGGACCCUUGGAACCAGAGCAAGAUGGAGGCUGUGCUGUAAUCUCCAGUGCUAACUCCCUGGGCAAGUGGGAGGUGAAGAACUGCACCCUUUUCAAGGCCGGCACCAUCUGUAGGACAGACCUCAGUCCGGUUCUGCCCCCACAACCCGAGCCAGACCUCAACUCCACAUGCCCGGACGGCUGGGCGUCCAUCCCUGAUGGAAGAUACUGCUUCAAGGUGUUUCACCAGGAGAGGCUGAGUCGCAAGCGGACGUGGGAGGAAGCCGAGAGGUUCUGUCAGGCCCUAGGGGCCAACCUGCCCAGCCUCACCAGCGUGAGCGAGAUGAGGGCGCUGCAUGGUCUCAUGAGGGACACCAUCAGCGACGAUCGCUACUUCUGGGUGGGCUUGAACAGGAGGAACCCUGCAGACCGCUCCUGGCGCUGGAGCGAUGGCCGUCCUGUGUCUAUGGAUGUUUUACACCAGGAGUUCCAGGAGGACGAUGCUUACAGUCGCGACUGCACGGCAUUUAAGACGAUGAGGAGCACCUUGAAGCAUUUCUUCCUGUUCGUACUCCACCACUUUGUCCCUACGUCCUUCUCCGCCACGCCCUUUCACUGCGACGCCAAGCUGGAGUGGGUCUGCCAGAUCCCCCGUGGAGUGACACCAAAGUAUCCUGACUGGUACAAUCCUGGCGUGCAUCACGAGACGUCCAUCUUCAUCGACGGCGGCGAGUUCUGGUUCGUCGACGAGCCUCAGUUGACCUUCGAGGAGGCCAUGCUGUUCUGCAGCAUGAACGGCAGCAAGCUGGCCUCACCACCCAGCUCCACCGCUGCCAGACUCAUCCAGCAGAACAUCGCCAAGAUGUCAAGUUCUCCUAAGCAAGGCUGGUGGGUCAACCUGAAAGAUCCCAAGCGGUUGAUUCCCAUGACGGAACCGCAGCUGCACUUUUUCUAUUCAACCAUCUUCAGCAGAUGCACCUCCAUCAGCCCUGAGAGGGACUUACCAAAGUACGAGCACAGUUGCAGGCAGCAGCUGCCUUUUGUGUGUGAGAAGCAAGCCGUCACGUUGGUGGAGAAGAACCCUCUGGAACCUCAGCCUGGAGGUCUGCCGUGCGGGAACACCUCUCUGGCUUUCAGGAACAAGUGCUACACGCUGAUGAAGGAGGAGAAGCCGGUGUCGUUCAAGUCAGCGGGGGAGGUGUGUCAGUCGGUGAGGGGAACCCUGGUCACCAUCUCAGACCAAGUGGAGCAAGACUUCAUCAGCAGCCUGCUGCCCACCAUGAAGGACGUGGGCGGCAUCUGGGUGGGUCUCAAACUCAAACGCAACAAGCUGCAGUGGGUGGACCAGAGCCCGGUCGACUACGUCAACUUCCACCCGCUGCUGCUGGGCAUGCACAAGGCCAUCAAAGUCAACCACCUGGACCCAGACAGCAUGGAUCUGUGUGUCUUUUUACUCAAUAACCCCAACUCAGCUGUGAUGGGUACCUGGGACUACACCUCCUGCACCCAGUACCAGCAUGUGGCCCUUUGUCAACACUAUGCAGACAAGCUGGAGGAGCCUUCCGUCCCCUCGGAGCCCUUCCAGGUCAACAACCACACCAUCCUGCUGCUGGUCCAGAACCUGACCUGGUUUGAGGCCUUGGAGCAGUGCAGGAGCCACGACAUGGACCUGGCCAGCGUGGCCGACACCUGGCUGCAGUCCACCCUCAGCGUGCACGUCAGCCGCGCGCACACGCCCAUGUGGAUCGGCCUCUUCAGCGAAGACGACGGCAUCCACUACCGCUGGACCGACCACAGCCACACCGUCUUCAGCCGCUGGUCCGCUGACGUCACGGCGGGAUCCUGCGUCUACCUCGACACCGACGCCUUCUGGAAGGCCACCGAGUGCGAGCAGGAGCUGGGCGGCGCUAUCUGCCACAAACCGCAACGAGAGAUCAUCAGCACCACUCCAGAGGACGUGGCCGUCAAGUGUCCUCACAAGAUCAACGGCCCCAACUGGGUCCCCUUCAAGAACAACUGCUACUCCUUCCAGCUGUCGGCGUCCAGGUGGGAGCAGGCGGACCAGGGGCCCGUACGCGACGUCUGCGCCGGCCUGCACGAAGGAGCAAACAUCCUAACUAUUCGCAACGCGGAGGAGAACGAGUUCAUCCGACAACAACUUGUGCCCUUCCAGAACCUGGUCCAGUUCGUGUGGCUCGGACUGUUCCGGAACCAAAGCAACCACAUGCAGUGGUAUGACGGCACCAAGGUCCAGUACUCCAACUGGAGAAGUGGCAGACCAGAGGUCCAGGGUCCCUUCAUGGCGGGUCUGAGUCUCCAGGGCCAAUGGAUCCUGGUCACCAACCAGAUGUUGUUCUCAGAGUUCCAGCAGAGAUCCAUCGUGGCCUGCAAGCUGGACCACGAUCCCAAGCAGGAGUUCUCCAAGUCCGUCAGCGACUUCCAACACUUGGACACUUUGCAGUACCAGCUGGUGACCCGGAAGCUGACCUGGUACCAGGCUGUGGAGGAGUGCAGUCAGCGAGGAGGACAUCUGGCCAGCGUCCAUGACGCCCGCCACAACGCCCACAUCGAGCUCCUCGCCAAAACUGAUGGUUUCCCGCUCUGGAUCGGCCUGUCCAACCAGGAAGCCGGAGGUCCGUUCUACGAGUGGUCAGACGGGACCACGCUGGAGUACACAACCGACAUCUCCGAGUCGCUGGAAGGUUCCAGCUCAGAGGAGCGGGAGGCGGCAUGUGUCUUUGUGCUGCCCUCUGGUGGCUGGGUGAGGAGCAGCUGCACGUCGCCACUGGAUGGCGCUAUCUGCUACUCCACCAACGUCACCAGCACCUCACAAAGAGCCAAACUGCAGGCCAGGUCAGAGGUCAACCAGUGCCCUCAGAGCAACGGAACGUCCGAGUGGGUGCAGCACCACGACCGCUGCUACGCCUUCCACAUGAGCUUCUACAACUACAGCGUCUACGGCAUGACGCAGGCCAGGAGCAUCUGUAGCGGCAUGGACGCUCAGCUGCUGAGCAUCCAAAGCAAGGACGAGAACGACUUUGUGUCCAAGUACCUGUCUGAUGACCCGCUCAUCACCGGCCGAGUGUGGCUGGGUGGCAAUCUCCACCCUCAAGCAGACGGCUCAGCUCUCACCUUCUCCAACUGGAAGCCCGGAGUCUCGGUUACCACGGAGACGUCCAAGGCUGCAUGCGUUGUCAUGGUGAUGGCAGAUGCAGGACGAUGGAGUCAAGUCAGCUGUGAAGAAAGUUUCAGUCGUGUUGUCUGCCAAACCAACACCAAGUCUCCCGGCGCCCCCGUGGCCGUGGUCUUCUUCGUGCUGGUCCUGCUGGUCCUGGUCCUGGCCGUGGUCUUCCUGCUGUACAAGAAGAAGCGCUCCUACUUCUCCUCCUCCGUGCGCUACAAGAGAACCACGGACCAGUCGGACAGCACCAGCAUCAUCACGGAGGCGGACUGAGCGCGCUCAGACUUCUCACCUCAGGAAGUUGUCAUUAAGCCCCGCCCCUUUUAAUGAUAUUUAUUUAUUUAUGGAGUCCCCACCUGCAGGAUCUUCCUUUCAGCCCACACUGAAAUGGAGAGCUUUUAAGUAGAAAAGAAGCAAAUGAGUGCAGGUCAAAGAAAUGCACUGAUAAAUAACUCCGUUUAUUUGGAUAUUUCCCACUGAAUGUACAACUUGAAGACCCCUUUUGAUCACUUUUUGUACUCCUCGCUGGUCACUGGGAAGCCGUUCAGUUCAACACGCGUUUGGACUUCCAGCAGAAACUGGUCCUGCUGACCACGGUUGUGGUUCAGACUUUGCUAUGCACUUCACUACUGAGCAACAAAAGAAAGGCACUUUAAAAGCAACGUUUAAAAAAUGUUUUAAAAAAAUGGCUUCCAUUUCUUUGCUUUAGUUUUUUCAGCAUGAAACCAAAGAUUGAAUGUCAAAGAUGUGACUUUUUCUUGUUUUAAACUCUGUGUUUUGUUUAUUGGUGGUCAUGUGACCAUGUUGAACCCGAGAAAGGGCAGAUCAAAUCAGGUUUAGUAUUGAUAUAGAUUCAAUAAAAUACACAAGUGCUCUCCAAUAA